AUGAGAUUCCUCCUCCCAACCACCCUCACAGCCCUCAUCUCCCCUCUCCUCGCCCAAACAAUCACUCCAGCUCCAACCCCGACUUCCACAGCAGCUUGGUACGAAACCGGUCCCCCCUGGGCCUCAGACGACCCAGCAAAAUGGUCCUCGAUAUACAAUUCCCUCCUCUCCGACGGCAAAAUCCCUUCGACCCUGACCGCCGCACCCUGGCCAACUGGUAGUUGGGGCCCGGGACAAGGUCCCUGGGGCGGUCCUGGUUUCGGUCCUGGCGGUGGCCCAGGAAGGCACUGGGGUGGUCCCGAUGGCGUUGGUCCCUGGGGCAGUUCCAACUACGGUCCGUACAGCGACUGGGCUACGCGCUCGGACUGGCGCUCCGAGCCCUGGACGGCGUGGUGGGGCGGCACCAAGUGUCCGCCGUCUGAGUGGCCUGGGUGGACGGCCGGCCCGUGGAGUACGUCUGCACCGUGGACGAGUUGGGAGGGGUGCACGGCGAGUACGACGGCGACGAGCGUCGUCACGACGACGGUGAGCGGAGUUGUGGCGACGUCGACGGCGUAUGGGUUGCAGGUUGCGGCGGCGAGUGCGGAGCCACAGGAGCAGCAGGGUGCUGGGGGGAAGGCACAGGUGGGUGUUGGGGCGGUGGUUGGGGUUGCGGGUUUGGUGGGAGUUGUGAUGGGGUUGUAA